GUCCAAUGAACCAAUUAUCGAAUCGAAUAUCAAACUAUUUUCGAGUUGGUUCGGUUCAUUGCCACCCUAAUUUCAAGGCAAGGGAGGGCAGCCCAAAUAGAGUAGAAACGGAGGUUGUUAAGAGUGAAGCAACGGCACGGAAGCAAGCAAAAAAGUUAGCGCCUAAUAAAAACCCAAUACCACCAUCAGCCGCACCCCCUAACCCUUGUAAUACCCAAAAACCCAAAACCCACUGCGAAAGACGAAAACACAUUUCACACUCUUACACAGCAGCAUGUGAGUGACGCUAAUUCCUUCACCAUCAUCGCAACCCAACCAGUUUCAACACAGGUUAUUCAUUACUCCUUUUCUCGUUUCACUUUGAUCUUUGCUCAAGAUGGAGGUGAUAGACAAGGGUAUUAUAAUGGCUGAAGAAAUGGAUAAAACUGUUGGUUCUGAACAAGGUUGUAAUUACAAGAGAAAAUUAGAUGACGAGUCUUCUUCAAUGGUUACUGAAGAUGGUUCCUUAAGUGUGGAGGAUGAUUUCCCUCCCUAUGAAUUUACAAAUGCGCAAAGCUUCGAUUCAACAGAAUUAGGGUUAGGUUGUUGUACAGAAGAACAACAGUUGGGUGUGCUCGAGGUUGAAGAUUGGAAGGAUCCUAUGGCAACUCAGCUUGAGGACUUACUGAUGAGUAAUUUGGAAGCAAUUUUUAGUAAUGCUAUCAAGAAGGUUGUUGAUUUAGGAGGCUACAGUCAAGAAAUGGCUGAAAUGGCCGUUUCAAGGAAGUCCUUGUACACAGAAGGAGACCCUCUCACAAAUAUUGUUUACAACACACUGAAUACUUUGAAGGGGAAAGGUACUGAAACUCCUGCAGACUUUGUAUUUCAAAAUACAAAGCAGUUACUGCAUUAUAGUUUGGUAGAGAUGCUCAGUGUACUUCGGGAACUAAAACCCUCCUUAACAGUAACUGAAGCAAUGUGGGAGUUACUGGUACAUGACUUGAGUAUUACACGAGUCAUUGCACCAGAAGGUCAACUGAGUGGUGGUGAUUCUAGCGAGCAAAGCUCUGACAAGUCUUCUACUGCCCCAUCAAAGUUAAAUGUUCAGUCUGAUAUGAUUGGAAGUAUGAGUGUGACAACUUUCACAAAUAUCUCCCAGGAAAGUAAAUCAGAAUCUAAUUCUCAGCUGAUGAAGAGCAGAAAACACCAUAAAGAGUUUACAUCAGUGCUUAGGGAGAAGUUCUUUCAUAUGAAAGAACCUAAAGCUUGUGGCAAAGCAGGUGUUAAAUUAGGAAAGCUUACAAGCGUAAGUGGUUUGAUUGUUGAAAAAAAACUCAAGCCACCAUCUGAAGUUCCAAAUCAGAAAAUGAAACGUGGCUCCUCAAAUACAAAAGGAGUUAGUAUAGCAGGAGUAUGCCGUAUUUCAACCAAUGAUGAUUCAGCUUUACCCGAAGGAGGUAGCGCUGUAAAAUUACCCACAAAGGAUGCAACAUCUACUUCUCCAACAGUGAAAACAGCCAAACCAAAACCUAAGCCAUUCUCCUCUGCCGCUCAAAAGGUUCAAAAUUACUGUGCUGCUAUUCCUUUUGAUGAGGCUUCGGGCAAGUUUGUCCCACGGGAUGAGAAGGACGAACAAGUUUUGAAAUUAGUAUCACGAGCACAAGAAUUGCAGGAUGAGGUGCAAAGCUGGAAUGACUGGGCCAAUAAGAAGGUUAUGCAGGUAGCAGAUAAGCUUCGCAAGCUUCAGGUGGAGUCUAAAUCUUUGAAAAAAGAAACUGAAGUUUAUAAAAAAGAAAGAAAAUCUUUAGAAGAGAAUGCUGAGAAGAGGAUCUCUGAAGUGGAGAAUGCCAUGGAAAAUAAUCAAAAGCAACUUGAGAGUGCCACUUCUUCCAUACUCAUUCUGGAGGCAAAGAAGUCCUUGCUAGAGAAAGAGUUGGUGUCUGCUAAGUCGUUGGCUGAAAAGUCAAUGGCAAGUUAUCAACAAGCACUGGAGAGAGAGCAGACGACUAUUCAACAAGCCCAGUCGUGGAAAACGGAGUUGGAUUUGCUUCAAGAUGAACUGGAGAAAGAGAAACAAAAGUUAGCUAACUUGCAUCAGGAGAUAGAAAAAGGGAAGAAUCUUCUAGCCAAUACUGAGGGUAGAGUGAAAAAGGAGAGAGCUAAGACAGAAAAAAUCCUCGCACAGGCUGCAUACUUUAGAAAAGAAAGACAACAGUCUGAAGCACUCAUGAAAGCUGAGGAGGAUGCCGUCAGAAAGAAGGCAGCUAGUCAACUGCAGGAAUAUGUGGACAGCAUGGUAAAGCUAGAGAAGGAGAUCGCUGUGCUAAGACUAAAAUCUGGUUCCAAAAUAAGUACUUCAUCCGUGGUGAAAGAAAACAAGAAAUCUGAGACGGUGAUGACAGGGGGCUCCCAAGACAAACCAGCUGGUGGAAGAUUGAAGCGGGAGCAUGAGUGUGUCAUGUGCCUAUCAGAGGAGAGGUCGGUUGUUUUUCUGCCAUGUGCGCAUCAGGUUUUGUGUCCGAAUUGCAAUGAGCUCCAUGAGAAGCAAGGGAUGAAGGAAUGCCCUUCAUGUAGGACCACCAUCGAAUUUAGGAUUCAUGCCAAAUUUCUUGGGCAGCAGUAGAUAUAGACUUUCCUUGAUGGAUAGGAAUCGUGAAGUGGUGCAGUUAGUUCAGAGGAUUCUCCAAGGAGGUUCAUUUUGAAGGUCAUUUACACCAUUAUGGCUGCUACAUUUUAUUUUGGAAGAUGUUUGUUUUGAGACUGAAUCAGUUCCUAGUCCAUAUUCCCCCACCCUCUCCCCAAAAUAGGAAAUAAAACAGAAAGAGAAACAACAUAGACAGAGAAAUAACUGACCUUAGAGACAGUUAUGUGUAAAUUUCAUCACAGCGGAUUUCAAUAGCACAGAGAAACUUGAUGGAUCUAGUUUUUGUAUACUAUGUUUGCAAAUGUACAAAUGAGUGCAUUAUGCAAGUUUGACCGUUAUAUUUAACUUGUUUCUUUUUA